ACGAGCGGCGCCAGGGAAGCGCUGCCAGCAGGAGCAGCGGCAGCGGCGGGAAGGGAGGCGCAGCCCGGCGGACCCAGCUCCGCUGCCCGUCGGCGCUCUCCCCGCGGAGGUUGGGGACCUGCUGUGGGGUGAUGGAGGAGCAUGGGUACCCUUCCUAUAGCGCCCGCAGCCCCGCCUGGGAGGAGCUGGAGUCCGGGAAGAUGGCCGGGGCCGAGUCGGGGAUGAGCGGCGCCGGGAUCCCGCUGCAGCCCCAGCCCCAACCCCCGGCGGCGGCGGCGGGGCCGGCGGACGAGUCGUCGGACAGCGAAGGGGAGCACGAGGGCCCCCAGAAACUCAUCCGGAAAGUGUCCACCUCGGGCCAGAUCCGCAGCAAGACAAGUAUAAAAGAAGGAUUACUACUGAAGCAAACCAGCUCUUUUCAGAGGUGGAAAAAGCGCUAUUUCAAACUUCGAGGUCGUACCCUUUACUACGCUAAGGAUUCAAAGUCUCUAAUAUUUGAUGAAGUUGACCUGUCAGAUGCCAGUGUAGCUGAAUCAAGCACAAAAAAUGUCAACAACAGCUUCACGAUAAUCACUCCAUUUAGGAGGCUAAUAUUGUGUGCUGAGAACAGAAAAGAAAUGGAGGACUGGAUAAGCUCUCUGAAGUCCGUUCAGUCCAGAGAACACUAUGAGACCGCACAGUUUAAUGUGGAACAUUUCUCAGGGAUGCAUAACUGGUACGCCUGCUCCCACGCCCGACCCACCUUCUGUAACGUGUGCAGAGAGAGCCUCUCUGGAGUCACUUCCCACGGCCUGUCCUGUGAAGUGUGUAAGUUUAAAGCACAUAAAAGAUGUGCUGUCCGAGCAACAAAUAACUGCAAAUGGACCACAUUAGCCUCAAUUGGAAAAGACAUCAUUGAAGAUGAAGAUGGUAUAGCGAUGCCUCACCAGUGGUUAGAGGGAAACCUGCCCGUCAGUGCCAAGUGCGCAGUCUGCGACAAGACUUGUGGCAGUGUUCUACGCCUGCAGGAUUGGAAGUGCCUUUGGUGUAAAGCUAUGGUUCACACAGCCUGUAAAGAUCUGUACCCUCGUAAAUGUCCACUUGGCCAAUGUAAGGUAUCGAUCAUCCCUCCAACAGCACUAAACAGUAUAGACUCUGAUGGUUUCUGGAAGGCCACAUGCCCGCCAUCCUGUGCCAGUCCUCUUUUAGUUUUUGUUAACUCAAAGAGUGGAGACAAUCAGGGAGUAAAGUUUCUUCGUCGAUUCAAACAGUCGUUAAAUCCAGCUCAGGUCUUCGAUUUAAUGAAUGGAGGACCUCACUUAGGUUUGCGGUUAUUUCAGAAGUUUGACAACUUCAGGAUUCUUGUAUGUGGUGGCGAUGGAAGCGUGGGUUGGGUCUUGUCAGAAAUUGAUAAGCUCAGCUUGCACAAGCAGUGUCAGUUAGGAGUGUUACCCCUUGGUACUGGAAAUGACCUUGCUCGUGUCCUUGGCUGGGGAGGAUCCUGUGAUGAUGAUACACAACUUCCUCAGAUUUUGGAAAAACUAGAACGAGCCAGCACGAAAAUGUUAGACAGGUGGAGUAUAAUGUCAUAUGAACUGAAAUUACCAUCAAAGCCUUCUAUUCUUCCUGUGACUGCAGAAGAGUCAGAGGAGUGCCAGAUAUCUGCUUAUGAGGAUUCAGUUGCUGCUCAUCUUGCAAAAAUUCUCAAUUCUGAUCAGCAUUCAGUUGUCAUAUCAUCUGCCAAAAUAUUAUGUGAAACUGUAAAGGACUUUGUUGCCAAAAUAGGGAAGACUUACGAAAAACCAAUGGAAAAUGCAGAGGAAGCUGAUGCCAUGGCCAUUAAAUGCUCAGAGUUAAAUGAAAAGCUGGACCUAUUGCUCCAGGCUCUUCACACAGAAGCCCAGGCUGCUCCCAUUCUCCCAGGCAUUGCUCCCCCCAUCGUGGAAGAAGAACCAGAGGAGUUCUCAAGUGAAGAAUCCUUGUCUGAAAGUAAAGAGCAAUUAGCAGAGUGUGUCUCAAAGUCUUCCCAGAAGCUCUUUAAACCCAGGCAACAGUUAAUGCUCCGAGCAAACAGCUUGAAGAAGGCUGUGAGGCAGAUCAUUGAACAAGCAGAAAAAGUUGUGGAUGAGCAGAAUGCUCAUAGUGAAGAACAAGUGAACCAGUCUCCAGUAGAAUACAGCAAAGAAUUGGAUGAAUCCAAAGAAGAGGAAAAAGAGGAAGAUACAAAGGAACUUGAGUCUCCAUCAACUAAAACUGCACCAAGAUCUCCUGACAGACGUACAAGCCGAGGUAUCCAUUCUCAGACAGGUUCCUUCUCUGCUCCAGCUUUGGCAGCAAGCAAGGAAAACCUCCCAGUACUUAACACGAGGAUUAUCUGUCCAGGUUUAAGGGCUGGUCUAGCUGCUUCCAUUGCAGGAAGUUCAAUUAUUAGCAAAAUGUUGCUAGCAAACAUCGAUCCAUUUGGUGCUACGCCGUUUAUUGACCCGGAUCCAGAUUCCUUGGAGGGAUAUUCAGAAAAAUGUGUCAUGAACAACUACUUUGGAAUUGGGUUAGAUGCAAAAAUUUCACUAGAAUUUAAUAACAAGCGAGAAGAGCACCCUGAAAAAUGCAGAAGUCGGACGAAAAACAUGAUGUGGUAUGGAGUUCUUGGCACAAAAGAGCUAUUGCAGAGAACUUACAAGAACUUAGAACAAAAAGUUCAACUUGAGUGUGAUGGACAGUACAUCCCCCUUCCAAGCCUGCAGGGCAUAGCUGUGCUAAACAUUCCCAGCUAUGCUGGUGGGACUAAUUUCUGGGGUGGAACCAAAGAAGAUGAUAUAUUUGGAGCUCCAUCAUUUGAUGAUAAAAUCUUGGAGGUUGUUGCUGUAUUUGGAAGCAUGCAGAUGGCAGUGUCCAGAGUCAUCAAACUGCAGCACCACAGGAUAGCUCAGUGUCGGUCAGUAAAGAUCACCAUACUUGGUGAUGAAGGGGUUCCAGUGCAAGUCGAUGGAGAGGCAUGGAUCCAGCCCCCGGGAGUUAUUAAGAUCAUACAUAAAAACAGAGCUCAGAUGCUAACACGAGACAGAGCCUUUGAAAACACCCUGAAGUCUUGGGAGGACAAACAGAAGUAUGAUUCCUGCAAACCUGUCAUUCGAUCUCCCUUGUACCCUCAGCAAGCUGUUGAGUUGGCUACAGAAGAAGAAGUUGCACAGAUCCAGUUGUGCUCACAAGCUGCAGAAGAACUUAUUACCAGGAUCUGUGAAGCAGCAAAAGUACAUGGCCUCUUGGAGCAGGAGCUUGCUCAUGCUGUUAAUGCAUGUUCACAUGCAUUAAAUAAAGCCAACCCAAGGUUUCCUGAGAGCCUUACCAGAAACACUGCCAUGGAGAUAGCUGUCAAUGUGAAGGCCUUACACAAUGAAACAGAAUCUCUGCUUGUAGGAAGAGUUCCUUUGCAGUUAGAAGCUCCCCAUGAAGAACUGUUGUCUGAUGCUUUGCACAGUGUGGAAAUAGAGUUGAGAAAACUUGCUGAGAUUCCUUGGCUUUAUUAUGUUUUUCAACCAAAUGAUGAUGAGGAUCCCCCUCUGGAUUAUGCUAAAAGAAACAAUAGAAGUACAGUGUUUCGUAUAGUGCCAAAGUUUAAAAAAGAAAAAAUUCAGAAGCAUAAGACCAGCCCUCAGCCUGUUCAAAAAUGGGGCACAGAUGAAGUUGCUGCUUGGCUGGAUCUGCUCAGUUUGGGAGAGUACAAAGAAAUCUUCAUCAGCCAUGACAUCCGAGGCUCUGAGCUUUUACAUCUGGAAAGGCGAGAUCUUAAGGACCUGGGGAUAACGAAAGUGGGUCAUAUGAAGCGAAUUCUCCAGGGAAUUAAAGAGCUCAGCAAGAACACCCCUUUGUCUGAAGUGUAAUUAUGCUGGUGCUUUUCUUAAAGAGAGAAGAUAAAGUUGCUGGAGAAGCAAAGCUGUUGCAGGCACUUGGCUGUCCUUGUAGUGUAUGGAAGAAUAAGCACUGGUGUUUGUACAGGCUAGCAUCUCUGAAUUCUUGUGUGGUGAAGAACUUGCAGCAAGAGUACAAAAGGAUUUGUGCCAAAACAAAAAGGAAAAGGUGAUAUGUUCUGCGAAGAUGUUUUCUUGGUGUGCAAAUUGGCCAGUUUGGAUUAGCCCAGUCUGGUAAAUUGAUCGGUUGAUGGUGAACUGCACUGACUGGAAAAUAUAAUCAAGGAAUGACUGCUUUGCUUACAUGCAGCUCAGUAUGCCUCUCUUUAUGCUGCAGCAAGAUGCCACUGUACAGCAUGAGGUCAUCUGGUUUUCCUUCCGAGGCGUAGCUCUGUAAAACCUCCUGUGCAGGAGACCAGGAAGUUUGGAAGGUUCAACGCGUGAGCCUGGCAGUGCCGCAGGUAUCCAGCACUCGCUGGCCAUGCAGAAGAGGGGAGAGAUACCUCGUGAUACCAUGAAUGCAAACUAUAAUGCAUGGUGUGCCUGCCUGAAUUGUCUGUUGUUCUGUUGCAUGACACAUCUGAUACUUUAAACACUUGAACAACUUUUUUAUCGGUUUGAAUGAGAUUUAAUUUAUUGCUACUUGAGUGUCUUUUUUUUUUUCUUCCAAUUUCAGGCACUUUUCUAUUCUUCAGUGUUGUGUUAUGCCUAAAACGUGUUCUACGGCAAAGGGUGUGUGGGUGUGGAAACUUUGCAUUUGUGCCAUAUUCAGCAGAUUAUAUAUGAUUGAAACACUGUACAGUUAGAUUUUUAAAUAUAUCAUGUACAGAAGGUUUAUCAGGUAACUAACUUAUGAGAAUUUUUGAAAGACCGGUACCUCACAAAAACAUCAAUUGGCUUCCUGCAUGGAAAAUGGUAAAGAAUUUUCUCAUGGUGCAUUUUAAUAUAGUUAUUCAGUUAUCUUAAACAUUUGUAGCAUAUUUGAACUUGUAGGCACUAAUGGUUUUAUUUAUUCUAUUGUUCAAAAGCAGGUUUAAAUAUUAAUGAAAUUUUCUUAAAGGAAAAUUUAAUUUUAUUUAUCAUACAUAAGAAGAUAUUUAAAAUGUAGCAGCUGAUUUGAUUUUUGUGGGGUAAACUUAUACUUGUUGCUAAUUAACUAUUAAUUUAAAAAUGCAUCUAUGUGCAUUUCUUUAAAAAGGUAUCAAUUUGUUUCUUGACAGCAUUCCACCAUCAGUAGAGCAUAAAAAUUAAAAAACCCAGACUAUAAGGUUUUAGGCUAUGCAUGCUAAGAUGAAUCACAUGCAAGACAGUAAUCCAUGAGUGUAAACAGGUUAAAAACAUUAAAACCAUCUUUUUUUAGAUAUUGCUCUAGACCACAGUUUGGUUAGUGUAAGGUUAUUUACACUUACUUAAAUGAAAUAGGUUCAUAAUUUAAUUUCCUGGUUAACUUUUCACAAAAGUAUUAAUGUAGCAGGAAAAUAAAUUUUAGAUAUCUACAAAAAAAAUCCUACCUAAAUGUUUGAGAUUAGAUGACUUUGCACCUGCCAGAAAACUUGCACAGAAUUGCUCUCUCCUUGCUGUUUCUAGCAAUGUGGCGUUGCAGCACGAGGAACACUUGACUUUCACUUAAUCAAGUAGCUUUGAUGUUUCUUGCAUGUUAAAAGAGUAUCUUAACAUCUAUUUAUGUUUCACUCAUGGGCAGGAGAGUAAAGUUUCAUUUGUUUUUACCAAAACUUAUUUUCUUGUAUAAAGGGGCCAAUGUCAAGUACUGCAUCCUGGUUUUGCCCUCCAUUUCUCAUGCAUAUGACCAGAGUUGUUCCAUGGCAAGUAGAUGGGACUCAUCCCUUGGAAAGUAAAAUCUAUCAUACUCAUUUUUUAUUGGAGAAAAAAAAAAUCAAUCAAAACAGGCUUAGUUUUUAUCUUCUUUGUGUUCUUGCUGCUGUAGGUUCAACAGGCACCACUCUGGGAGUUCUGUGGAUAUAAUGAUUAUUCUGGUAAACAAAAGUAAAAGGCUACUUUCUGUUAGGUUUUGCGUAAAAAACAAACCAAAAUGCAUUUGCCAAAUUAUAUGACUUUCAGGCUGUUAUAUGAAAAGCAUAUGAAAAAAAAUGGAAAGUUAGGCAAACAAUGGAAAGUUUGUUGGUUUUGGUUUUAUUUUAAUGUACUUGACAUUUCACCCCUUUAAUGACGUUCAGGUGACAUCUGCCAAGUCUUUGUAAGCAUUAUUUCCUUUUCUCUUUGUUUCUCCAAAAGCUACACUGCAUUUUAACAUGUGGCAGCAUUUUAGCAUAUAGAUAUUACAGUAGACAACAUAGCUAAUCUUCUGAUCUAUUCAAGGACAUAAUACAUAGCAGAACUUUCUUUGCUCUCCUGAUUGUAAGAUACAAUCUCUUUACAACUUUCAGCCUUGCUGUAUGUAAUGCAUUAAGAUGGGCUAUGGAACCAGAUCUCUCCAAGUCACUGUAGAGGUCUAUGCUGAGUAUAUUGAAAAAUGGGAGCUGCUUUUGGACAGGGAAAAUGGGAAAAUUUUGUUUGUAACACAGCUUUCUUAUGACACACCUCAAAUUACCUCAGUACAGGACAACUGAUCAAUGUUCAUUUUUCUAAAUGACCACCAAAGAAUUUAACUUUGAUUAUCCUAAGCAGUUUUUUUAAACAUGUGAAUAGGAAAAAAACAGAACUGUAAGUAUCAUUUGUGCUGUAUUUAUUAGAUGCCCAGGAGAGCAAAUGUUAUGCAACUCUAUGCCUUAGACUAGUGUUGGCUAUGAAAUGCAAAUGCAUCUGACAAGGAGGCUCCAAAUAUUUUUACAGGGGUUCUCUCUGGAGGUCGUGGGUUGUAGCUGUGUUUAAGUGCUGUGGCUUUUUUGAAGACCUGAACACAGUGUUACUCUCUCAUGGUUAUUCUAAGUAUUGGGGUUUUUUUCUUUCUGCUGUAGAAGUCCCAGCUCCUAGAACUAAGUACAUUUUUUUAAACAUACUGUGUUCUCCCUAGUUUAAUCCUGCUGUAAAAAAGUGCUUCAAAGCACACAUCCCAAUAUCUUAACAAAACCAAGGUAAACACAUCCCUAAAAGCAGUUAGCUUUUUAGAAAACAAGAUCCUGUGGAGCCUGAUUCAUCGUUGCUAGAUUUAUCAAGACAAUCCCUAUACAAACUUUACUGGAUUAAAUUUUUCCUCCCCAGUCAAAUACAUGCGAUUUCUGUGGUCAGUAUACAUCAAAGCCUGAAAGGAGUGCAGAGUAAUCUGCAUUUUUUUGUAGUGGCUGGUAUUCGUAUAGUUGAAAAGCUAAAACUGCAGCAGGUUGCUAAAUAUAAGAUGCUGUUUUGUCAUUUUCAAAUAGGGUUUUCUCAGUUCACUUUAUUUGAUUGCUGUAGCAACCUCUGAUUUGGGUCAUGCAAGUUUUGUCUUUAUAAAGCCUCAUGACUUCUUUUUAGAAACUGAAUGAAAUCAAGACAACUCAUGGUUUUAGGUGUUGGGGAUGUUCUCCAAUACUUAAAAGACGAUUCGGAAAUCAAUUUUUUAUAAGAUGGCAAGGGAAAAUUUUCUUUGAUACAUUAUAUGUCUCUCCCCUUAAACACUAUUCUUUUUUCCUGAAUGCUUUGAACUUGGAAGAACAGUAAAGUGUAAAGCAUAUUAUCAAAAACCCUCCCAGACUAUUUCAUGCCAGUAUUUCUUGUUUUGGGACUGGAAUUAACAUGCUCGGUCCUGUAAAUAACAAAUAGAAAUAAUCUUUAUCUCUCUAUCCCUGCCCAAAAUAAUUAAUACUGCAGUGCUGCAUCACUGUAAUUCAAAGGAGAGGUAUUGAUUUUUUUUUUCUUCAUAAAUGUCCAUUUUAUAUUUUCCCAUGCUUUUUGUAGAGAAAUAGAUAACCUGCCAAUUUUACUUUUUAAUUGAACUUGCUCAUGCUAUUAAUGAAAAUUUCAUAAAGCCUUGAUAAUGAGUAUUACUUCAAGGGUAAAAUUAUGAUUGUUUUUCAGUGCAUGUGGUCUUCAUUUCAGGAAGACUGGCAGGAGACCUUUUCCACAUGUAAUGGAAAAUUUAUAUAUAAAGCAAAUAUGAGAGGACGUUCCAUAGUUCUACUUUAAAAACAGUUGUAAUAAUGUACUUGCAAGAUAAAACCCCCCAUGGUGAUUCCAUUUUGCUUGAUGCUUCCUGUUAGUGAUUGCAUUAGUAGUGUUUACAGCUAUUUCUGCGGUGCUCUCUGUGUGCCCCUAAAUAUUAAGUUCUUCCCUAUGAGUUCAACAGUUCUGGUAAUUAAUAAUUAGCAGUGCAAAAAGUCUUUGUGAAAGGUGAAGUCACAAGGAAUGUAUCUCAUUGAGGAUAACAGCUGGAGCAAUUUGUUCAGCUUACCACCAGGAAAUCACUUGUAUGAGUAAACGAGAGCCACAGAAAAUAAAAUUAAAGAAGUAAUUUUAAAUUUAUUUUUUCACCCCAAUAACUUAAGUACCUCUCAACUGCAGCAUCCUGUAUACAUCUAUAACAGAGGCUGUCCCGUAUUUUUUAUUCUGUUUUCAUGUAUGUUUGUGGAUUGUAUGUUUUGUGGUAUGAUUUUCAUAUCAUCAAGGUUUGAUGCUGCUUAUUCUAACUGCAUGGAUUUCAUGUUUGCAAGAACUGUACGUGACUCUGUCGCUGUCUUAAGGAACAAGUUUUUGAUGACUUGAGGAAGCUGAGGAGUUUGGACAGGAUUUAAGCUUUGGACAGGACUUAAAAUAUCUCUGCUUUCUCUUCAGAGAUGAAUAGUAGCAUCAGCAGGAUUGAUAAAACAUCAUUUGGUAAUUAUCAAUAUAAACUCGUUACUGAUUGUAUAAAUUUCUGUAUUUAUGUCUAGAGUAUAAUGUGGAAUGGAUUUUUUUUACAAAAAGAAAAAAGAUUUUUUAGUUGUUUUCUACUGCUGUUGCAUUAGUAGAAUUUGCAUUUCAUAGCUCUGUUAGAUGUUAGCUUAUGUACUUGAAAUGUUUGUUUUGGCCAUACAGAAGACCAGUGUGUUUCUCAGAAAUUAGAAUCCAUUUGGAAGCCAUCUGGAGGCCUUGAGAGGACUAUUUCUGUAGCCAGUUGGAGUUAAUACCAAAAUUCAUAGCAACUUCUGUAGGUUUAAUAGUGAUCACCCUCAAUACUUUAACUGAAAAAGAAUAAUUGGGAAAGGUUUGUGGUUUUUUUCAGUGCAUAGAAUUAAUCUUAAAACAUCAUCUUCCUUGUCAUAUGUAAAUUAAAAAAUUUUAGCAUUGUUAAUACUUUUGCAAAGAAGCAAAAUGCUGAUGAAUACAUAACCAAGAGUAUUUCUGGACAAAUUUUAAUCAAUUUAGCUGUAGUGGUUAAAGAUCUAUCACCUUCAGAACACUCAACAUAAAAUUCCUAUAUGCACAUGGUAGAAUUACGAACAUCUGUUUUAAAUGAUUAAAGACUUGUUUCCCAGUUGGCAAAAACUUGAUGAGCUCUCUGAUGGGAUUUUGAGUUCCUAUAACCUAUUGUUUGUAUUAGUGGGGCAGAAGAAGCUGGUGCCUCAUUUAUGUUUAACACCAGUCAUGCCUUUAUUAAUGUUUUUGCGUUGUUUCCCAGCUCCUGUGUCUGGAUGAGCUCCCAGCUUCUGGCAAGAUGAGACCCUUGCACAUCUCUCCAUGGUUUCUGUUCAGAAGAGCUGGACAGGCAGGCCAGGAAAAAGUUGUAGGGUCAGGGAGAAGAAGGUACACCAAGGCUUCAGGCUCCAAAACCUAGCCUAGCCAUGGUGGACUAAAAUCUUUUAAAUUAUAUUUUUACAGUCCCUUCUGGAAGCUCUAACAGUUAACACAAGCUACCAGAAUGCCCUUGGAAAGAGAAGUGUUUUGGGUAACUCUACCAUGUGCGUAAGACGUUGAAAAUACUGAACAUUAUGGUAGCUAUUAGUAGGACAAUAUACAAAUGGCCAGUGAAUAUUUUAUUUGUGGAACAAAUACUUUGCAAAAAGAUAAUUUGUAGUAUUAUUCAAAGACUAGUGUUAGGAUUGAAAAGCUACUGAAUAUAAAUGCAAUGUGGUACAAAAUUUUAAGUCAUUUGCAAUUAUCUUUUUCCAAAUUCAUUGGAAACAACUAUUUUAGGGAGCUGUGCUUGAUCCAGGUAGACAAGAUUGUGUGAACUGGAUGGUGGGAACAGGAAGAAAUGAACUAAAAGUAAAAUUGGGUGGUUUGUUUUCAUUAUGGAAACUGUGUGUAAAGCCAAAAAUAAAAUCUCCAGUGCCCCUUCUCUGACUUUUUAAAGGAAAUAGCAUUUGAAGUCCCAGUUUUUUUAAACUAAAGCAUUAAUUGGAUAAAAACCAGUUUAAUUAAUAACCUGAGUGUCAUUAGCAAGGAAAGAGAUAGAGACACAACUGUUUUUCUCCUGGUGUUAAUUGAAGUAAGCUCUGUUUGGGACUAAUUCUCUUUGCAGUCAAGGUCAAUUAUUUUGUGAAUGGGGAGAUGGAGGAAAGCUAUUCAAAGCUGCUUGGUCUUGCUUUUCAGGGAUGGGGAGAGCAUGUAUGCUGAACAGUAGGACCCAAAAUCUUUUUAUGAGAAUUUCUAGGAUACAAGAUUUUCUAGUUGGAUAGCUUAGGAAGGUUUACAAGGAGCACACAGGCAUGCAGAUUCUCACUGUGAAGGUUCCUAGUAGCACUCUCCUCUCACAAGAUGCCAUGUCUAUACGUUGAAACAGGCAUUUGGACUGCGUGCCUAGUCACAUUCCAAAGGAUUUUCUACAGGCAUCUGUCAUUUGUGGUGUCUGUACUUUCUGUCUUGGUUUUAUGUCUCCUUAAAUUGGGUAACGUGAAAAACGCAGUUGCCCAUAUUCGACAAAAAUUACCAUUUUUCCCACUCAAGGAGCACAGCUUGUGAACCUGUCCUGAAAUAAUUUGUUUCAUUAGCCACCUUUUUACAUCAUAUCCUUUGAAUCCUAAAAGAGCUGCAACUCUUUUAGGCACCUCCCUAGAGCUGCCAGUUACCUUAGGAAUUUAAUAUGCUUGUAUGUCAGUGGGAUCAUCAAAUAGCAAGGUGAUAUUCACAGUGGCAGAUGAGACAUGCAAUAGAUGGUAUUUGUACAUAAGGAGUACAAGCUGUUGAGAUGCUCCUGAAAGGUGAAGGGGGCGUGAUCUCUGCCCCUUUCCUCUGGCUCUUCUUUGUUGCUGUCAUCAUACACAAAUAAUAUAACAUCAUAUUCUUCAAGCAGCUUCUUGUCUUAAUUCAUGGUGACAGCAAACCUAUCAGUCACUACUAACAAAACUUCUCACUGUCAUAUCUGUCUGUCUAGAGCAGGAUCUUCAAAUACUGAGUACUAUGGAAUUGCAUUAAUGUAUUUUUAAUGUAUAUUCUGGCAUUUAAGGAAGGUAAAUUUCAGCUGAAGAUAUUUCAAAAGUUCUGAGAGGAUCCCAGUGCAGCAUGGGUGGUUCCAGUCAUUAGCCAGGCUUGUAACUUACACUGGUAUUCCAGUACAGCUGUUAGUUAAUUCUGUAGUAACAUCCACUUACAUGCAUGAGUGGAUGCAUGAACUACACAUGGAAGCAUUGCAGAAAUGUGACACUGUCUAGUUCUCUGCAUAACUCAUAUAUUUGGGUCUAAAUGGCAGUUUGCAGCAAAGAGCUAUAACACAUAAUUUCCACUCAAUCCAAACCGAUAUUCAAUUGAAAAUGAAAACAUCUAACAUGGUUUGUAUGGGUUUAGGUAAAAACUAGUGUGUACCCAGUAGUUUCUUCCGUUCGUUUCCCCUUCUUCCUGUUCAUUCCACAAGAAAGUCCAUCAUCUUUGCAAUCAUAUAAAUUUUUUGGGACUUAGGCAUAUGCAGUGCUUUAAACAGUACUUUAGCCCCUUGGAGAUUGUUCUAGUAUUUAACUUACAGCAUUUACAUUUAAGCCUACAGAUGAUUUUCUUGGAGAGAAAAUGCUCCUCACAUAAGAGAGAUCCUCAAAUUGAUCAUGGGUAGGCUUUUAUGUGCCAAACCUAGGAAUGUCAUUCUCUUGCCAGUAUUUGUGUGGAUGUGUGUAGAUAUGUAGUACCUAGUUCAUAGUGUUUAUGUGAGAACACACCUGUACAUAGAGAUGUAUAUACAUACCUUGGUUUAGCCCAAUAUAACAAUGCCAACUUGUGUGUAGAGCCAAAAAAAACUUAAAACUAUACAGUGCUUGAGAUGCUGCAUUGUUUUUAUUAUAGUAUUUUUUAUAUCAGAUAAAUUGCAGGAUGUUUACAGAUGCUUAUUAAUAUUUAACUUAUACAAUGGGGUGGCAGGAUGUUUAUGAUUGUUGUCAACUAAAGAAUUGUAUAUGAUUCUGGGUGAAAUUUUGGCUUUUUUGAAAUCCUUGGCAAAACUCCCAUUGAUCUCAUGGGGGCCAAGAUUAAACCCCUCUGAAUCUAUUGUUUACUGGCUAUUUUCCUACUGUGAUAAUUUUUUUAAUGAGUGAAAUGUAUUUAUUUUUUCCCAAUGUGAAAUCUGCAGUUUCUAUUUGGAUUUUUCUAUGGAACUUGCAAACUACAACACAGGUGGGAAUAUAUGCCUCAGAGACUGUACAGAAUUUUUCAUUGAUCUGGUCCUUCAACAUGUCUAAGAAAAUACCUUCUAAAAUAACUUUUGUAAGAUUUAAUACAGAAUCAUCUAAAAUGAGAUCACCUUUCAUGCCUCUCUCCUCUCACGAAGAGGGAAUGCAAUGUGGCAGGUGAAUGUGAAGAAGUAUUCAUUGAUAAAUAAAAAGUAGUCCUGUCUGUUUCUGUACCUACUGAUCUCAUGCAACUCACCUGUCUCUGCAGAUCUGGUAUGAGACACUUGAAGUACCUUAUCCAAAAGUACCUUAUUGGGGAAAAAAAAUGUUAUAUAGUAAGUAUGUGGCUUUAAGCUUCUCAUCAAGACAUGGAAGUAUCUUCAGAGCCAGUGUGUUGAAUGACUUUUUAUAUUCCAUGGAUCAAUUAAAAUUAUGAAAAUGUUAAGUGGUAAGGCAAGUCAGACAACUGCGUGACAUUAGAGAAAUCACUUGUCUAGAGGCAGAAGGAACAGUUCUUUAAUAGCACAAGGAGGAAACAUAAUGCAGCGCUUCCUAAAUCCCUUUCCAGGGUAUCUUUUAAUUAUGUAUGCUCAAAGUGUAUUCUUCCUGUAAAAAAAACCAUAUGGCUGUGAAACAGCUAAGUAGAUGUAUCCUAAUUUCUUCAUCUAAGGCUAAAAUACCAUUUUCAAAUAAGAGCUGUCAUGCACUUUGAAAUACAUAUGUUGGGAACAGGUAAGUUUAUAUUUAUCAUAGAUAGUCAUCCCAGGGAUAGUGGGACUUGUAAGUAAUAAUGAGGUAGUUAUGUCAAGGUUAUCAAAAGCUGAAGAAAUAAGAUAGCAGACACCUUCCUUCACAAGGCCCUUUCUGAAGACAUCUGUGCAAAUGCCCACCACUUCCAGGAAUCUUUUCUUAUAAUUUUGUUUAAGAAAGGAUCAUAUUCAGAUUCCUAUCCUUCCCCUUGCUAAUAAGGCAGGAGGUUUGCAGCUUGGUUGAACUUUCUAGGAGUUUGUUGGCUGUAGAAACAGACCUCAAAAGAAUAGACAUUUGAGGCAAUCAGUAGGCUUGCGCAGGAUACACAGGGCUCUGUGUGGGCUCGUUAGUCUGCUAAUGUGGCUCUGAUCACAGAUUAGUGGGGGAUAAGCUCCUAUGGUGCUCCUGCUUCACUUGGUGAGGGCUCCGUGGUUGUCGGUGGGGGCAGAUGGGUGUCCAAGCAGGCAGACACCUUUCCUUUUGCAUGUUGGUUGGAUUUCUGCAAUUUUAAUCAGGGCUGGAGUUUAGGACACACCUUUAUUUGUCUGCAAGGCCAUGUGAUAGCUGAGGAAAUGAGGAGGAAAUGGCUGAAGGUCUGGAUUCUGCCUUUGGUUUCCUGCCAGUGGAGCUGGUGUAAGACUGGGGGCAGCACAGUUAACCUUUGAGUGCCUCACUUUCUCCACCCAAAGGAAUAGGGAUGCUCACCACCUCUGUACAGCCCCCUCGAGUCCUGCAGGAGAGCAGUGUUAUGUAAACUGUUGAGUUUUACCCACACUGUUAUAUGUAGUGAAAAUAAAUGACUUCUGUCCAUAACACUGCAAGAAUUGCUUUUCCUAGCUCCAGUUCUCUUUGAUGACCUACUAUGUCCUGGGCAGUCGGUUUUAAAGCUUAGCAAUUGCUCUAAUACUUAGAAUUACACACAUAGCAGGCUCUGUUUGCUGCAGAAAAGACUAAAACUUUAAACAGCCUGACAAAACUUGCCAAUGAAGUAUAUCUAACAGAGCAGGGGUGUAACUUUUGGCUUUAUUUACUUGUAAUAAUGGUAAGGAACAGUGAAUUUUGUUUGUUUACAUACUGUUUACAAUGGCACAGUUUUAUUUUUAAUAUAUAAAAACAAUUGAGGUAUUUAUUGCAUAUACUAUUUUAAAGAUGUUUUAUGUGUUUUCACCUUUGGAAUAUAUUGUUACAUUUCCUUGUACAGAUAAUUUGGGUGGCUUUGUUAAUAUAGUUAGUAAUUUUUAUGACUACUAAGUGACCAGUUUUCUGUGCCUUUUUAUUGUUGGAUGCAUGAUUACAUAUUUAUUAUUGUAUGGAAGUCACUGAGAUGUGUAUUUUUGUAUUCUGCUGGAAGCAAUGGUUGAUUUUAUUGUACAUGAUAAGAGAUGCCUUCCAUAACAGGCACUCGUAUGAGAUCUUCCUUCUCAAAUAAACAGAAUGCAUUCAAUGUAUAUAAGUCCUUGAAUUUAUUUUGUGUCUAGAAAUCACUGGAAGUGUUUAAACAUCAUGGCACUGAAUUUUAGAUGUUAUCCACUCAAAAUGUGGGCUGCUACCAAUGUCACCAAAUCUAAACCAGAAU